GGCCCGCUCUAGAAGGAAGCUCCCGACGAGUGAAGUGAAGACUUGAGAGUUGGAAGCCAUGGCGCAGGGCCUUAUCCCGUGGCCGCAAACGAGAACAAACCACUCCUUCUUCCUCUUUUCUACCAAAUCCAAAUUCCCAUCACCACGAUGCAAAUUUCCCUUCAGGCUUCCACGUCUUCGUCUUCUUCCUCUUUCUCGCUGUUUCUGCAGGCAUUCUUCUGUGCAAGAACCAGUCGACCUCUGCAACUACAGGGAAGCUUUCUCCAAGCGCAUGGACAUGGCUGGACUCAAACCGCACCACCGUAUAGCUCUGGGAGUUAGUGGAGGACCCGAUAGCAUGGCUCUGUGUGCUCUUACGGCGGAUUGGAAAAUGGACGGCCUGAAUGCCACUGGUAAAAGGAGCAAUUUUAUCGACGGGCUCCUGGCCAUAGUAGUGGAUCAUGGGCUUCGUGCUGAGAGUAGAGAUGAGGCUAAAGUUGUUUGGAAUCGAGUUACUAAUUUGGGUAUCAGAUGUGAGAUUGCAUCUUGUGAUUGGUCCGACGGUAGACCAAAGCAGGGCCACUUGCAAGAAGCAGCCCGUGAUAUGAGAUACCAAAUGUUGCAGAAAGUUUGUGUUCAACAGAAGAUUGGAGUGAUACUUGUUGCACAUCAUGCGGAUGAUCAGGCUGAAUUAUUCAUUCUGAGGUUGUCUCGCAGUAGUGGUGUGCUUGGACUUGCUGGCAUGCCUUUCACUUCUCAGAUUUUCUCCUCGCAUACAUAUUCUUACAGUGAAGUUUCGAAGAAUUGUGGUAUCCUUCUUGUGAGACCACUAAUGGAUUUUUCUAAAGAUGACAUGUACAAGAUAUGUCAAGGUGCUAAUCAAGAUUGGGUUGAAGACCCAACAAAUCGGAGUUCACUGUUUGCUCGUAACAGAAUUCGAAUGUCAUUAGGAGAUCUGUCAUCUUGUACUCUCAAGUCCGAGCUACGUGCCAUUAUUUCCGCCUGUAGGAAAACACGCUUAUUUAUUGAUCAAGUUUGUUUAAGCCUGGCAAAUCAGACUUUGACCAUAACAGAGCUGGGAUAUGCCAUUAUUAAUUUGGAGAUUCUCAAUCAAUUGAAAAUUAAAGAUAUUUGCCUGUCGAAGUUUGUUUCCUUAGUCUUACAGUUCAUCUCUCAAAGGCACAGACCUGUUAGAGGUAACACUGCAAAACUGGUGUUGGACUACAUUCGAACCGUUCCUUGCAAGACCUCAUUGACAGCAGCUGGCUGUUACAUUUCUCCGGCUCCUGGGUCCAAAGGUACCAGAUGCAUAAUAUCUAGUUCUGUGGAUUGCCCCUUGCCUUCUGCUAUUGAAGUUUUCCAUGCACCCUCUUAUAGAGAAGAGAAACACGAUAUUUCUGAUGGGUUAGAACAAAUCAUUAAUGAUGGGAAGUCAUAUUUAGAACAUUUUAUCCCUAAAGCUUCAGAUGUGCAUUUCUUGGAUUCAAGCCCUGAAUCUGUUUUAGAUGAAGCAAAAAGGCUAAAUAUUAUCAGUGAGUCAACCUAUAGGAUCAUUAUUUCACUACAGAUGCAAGAAACCAAACUCUUCAAAGCAGAUUCUAAAUUCACUCCCGGCUAUGAAUCAAAGCACGGUUCACAUUCUGUAAAAACUUUAUCCAGUGGACUGCUUAAGUCGGGGCAAAUGUGCAACUUUAUGAACAGGUUUUCUAUCACAUGGAAAAUAAGAGAUGAAAAUGAAGAUAAUUCUAUUUUUGAGGCGGCUAGUUGUAACACAGUUUGCAAGGCCUGUGUGUUAGGUUGUGAUAUGGAAUUAGAGGUUCGGCACAUGACUGAAUCUGAUUGGCUUUAUCUUUCCAAGUUGUCCGAGUGCACGGUAGACGAUUUUCAAGACCAAAGAGAUACUUCAUCCAGUUUGGAGUUGCAGACUAUGGAGAGUCCAAAUGGAUGUUUAAAUUAUGCCACAUCGUCGGCUAGAAGAGCAUUAGUGCUGUUGAAAUUGAUUCCAGUUGCUGCAAGAAGAAGCCUUCCCGUCCUAGUCAAUCAUCAAGGCCUGCUUCUAAGUAUUCCAAGCAUUAGGUUCAGCCAUUGUCCAUGGCUGAUGGCAUCUGCAGAGUUCAAGCUAAGGGUACCAUUCGGCGGAGGCCAUAGUUCAUUCAUGUAGAUGCCAGUUUCACUUUCAGCACACAACCUGUACUGUUCCAUAAAACCAAUGGCCAGGUGUGCAUAGUAUUCAACUCCAUGUGGAGCCUGUUUGGUAAAACACUGUAGUGUACUGAAGCCAAGUUGUGAAUACAGGUUGAAAACAAAGGAUCCAUUUGAUAACUCCUUAUCUUGAUUAUUUAUUUUAGAAAUUAAAAUUUUUAGAUUGAAAAUGAGGACGAGUAGUUGAAAUUAUGCUUCAAUUUUCAUCAAUCAAGUGCUACUAUACUAAUACAAUUGAGAGUAGGUGAUUUGAAUCCUGAGGGAUAUUUUUAGUUAAUUGCACUUUGCUAAAUGAGCAAUCACCCAUGAUGGGUCGUGAAACUUAAAUUCGAGUAAAUACAUUUUUUGUCCUAA